AACAGGCUAACCCAGACUAGUAAAAACACCACCGCCCCUCCUAGAUACCACAUUUCAUAGUAAAUUCAUUUUACCUUCAAGCUGGAGCUGCCUGCUGAGUUCACCACUGCAAUGGCUCCUACACAGUCAUGUCUGUCUCCUGACUUCCAGCUGUAUCACUAUUUCCACUGUACCUGUUGGUGCCUGCAGGAGUAAACCUACUGUUUGCUUUUGUGAUGUCAGUACUGGUCAGCAGAUAAGUGCAUUUACUCUACUCUACUCAAGUGCAGUUUUGAGGUACUUCACUCGACGUUGGAUAUUUGCUGUUUAAAUUUGCUGCUUUAGAAGUAAAUACUGCACCCUAUUAUUUAACUACAUUUAUCUAAGUUAUAAUCAGUAGUUAAUAAUUUACAUACAAGGCAUGAUUUAAUGAAAUAUAAUGACUUUGGCAAUGAGAAUAUGACUUAAACCUUAACUUUGCCGUAUAUAGUUUUGCAGGGUCUUUUAUAAUUAGUCUGUUAAUUUGUUACUGUGAUGAAUAUUGUAAGUUCUAAACCCUAACAUUAAUGUCAGAUUCAUUUGUAUGAUGUAAGAUAUUGUAAAGACAAUUAUUCAAAUGAGUCAGGACAGUUUGCAUAAUUAAUUACUUUAUAAGGUACUGACCUUGAUAUGCAAAUUAGGUAUUGCAUAUAUUUAAAAAUAACGAAUUUGCAUUAAUUUCAAUAGCAGAAAUCUGGGCACAGUAUGAACCCAGUUUUGUGAAUACAUAUUGGAGUCAAAGGUUUUUAAGGAGAGUAGAUUUUUUAUAUUCAAUACUCCGUAAAUUAGAAAAUACAAUCAACAGCCAGAAAACUAUAUAUUUCUGCCAAGUUUUUAUCAACAAAAUGUUCCAUAAAUCAGGCUAUGACUAAUAUAUGAACAAACCCAUUAUUAAAAACCUUCAAAACAGCUAAGACAUUUUGGAGUAUGUGAGUGCAACUGAAGUGAAGACUUCUCCCUCAGAGUAGGAAGAAAAACCUAAUUUUGUGAGAAUGAAAUUCAAAGAUAUGCAUUGGUAAAUUCCAUAUAUUUUAACUGGAAAUCACUAUUUACUGAUAAAAAUUUUAACUAAUAGUCACCAUGAAACUUUCCCCAAUAUACAAAUGAGUUGUCAUCUCAGUAGGUUAUGUUGUUAUUUUAUUUAGUCAAGUAUUAGAUUGCAUAAUAUUGUAGAUUCUUAACCUCAACCCUUAAGUUAGUGAAGUUCAUUAGCAUUAUAUGUAGUAUUGUAGGAUCUCACCUUAGGUGAAUUUACUACACCAGCCAUAUUUGGCUCAGCAGAUCUUGUUUUAAAGGUGCUGUAUAAAUAAUUUGACUUGAAUUAUUUUUAUUUUAACAAUUUAAAAUGGAUGAAAAACAUGUUUUUGUUUUGUUAUGUUUUAUUUUGUACACACCCCUCAGCCACAGCAUUAAAACCACCGAGAGGUAACGUUUGUACCUUUACUCCCUAGUCCCUACAAUGACAUUUUUACCUCAUUAACAUGUCCAUAUGGUGUUGUUUGUAUGCUAGAGGACAUAUCAUAGGUGAAAUAAGCAGUCAGCAUCAUGGCUAGGCAUGUCCACCUUGAAACUGCAGUGUACUGAUGACAGAAGGAGGCCUAUAUAGUAAUAAACAGGUGGGUUUAAUAUUGUCUCUGAUCUGAAUAGAAGCUCUGCACAAAUCUAUGUAAACAGUAACUGUAUUUUUCUCUUGAACAGUGUCACUAUUUCAGAAAGGCUGACUUCUGAAUUCUUGGAAUGUGUGCUGUUAGAAUAGUUUGUAUAUAUGAGUAAUUCAGAUCAUACUCAGUAGUGAAAUUAACAGAUCAGUUGUCACAUUAAUGCAUCUUGCUGCAGUUUAAAUGAGACACUGUUUAUGAAACCUUGGUAGUUCUCUUAAAAUGUCUCUGAGUAAAGACAUUGAAUCUGUGCCGUUAUUAAGGAGGCUGCGGCCCUGAUAUCACUACACUUUUAUCAGUGGUAAUAAAGCGCUCUUUCAUUUUUCUUCCAAUAACCAUGAAGCUGUGACCUAUAGAGAGAACUAGUCAUUGACCUUUGGCUGUAAGGAGUGUUCUUUUAGUAAAAGAAAAGAGCGUUCUUUUACUGAAAGAGCAGCCCUUGACCUGUGGCUGUAAGGAGUGUUCUUUUAAUAAAGUAGCAUAGUACUCUGUCUUCUCUACCGAAUAAAGUAAGCUAUAAAGAUUCAGCGAUUAUAAUAUGUUUUCAUAUUUUGCUUAAAAUGUUCACAGCAAAGUUUGAGUCAUGUAAGAUUAGAGAAUAUUUCUGGAUGAGUAAAAUAACUUUGUGGAGCUUUGGUAAACUUUAUGUUCAUUAAUGUUAAUUACACAAUGCAACCAGCCUAUAUCUGCAUGUAUAUGAGUCAUAUAUGAAUGAAGUUUAAGCUUUGGUAGUACUUUGUUUGCUCAGCCCUGCCCAAAGUGUGCAAAUUCAGAGGUUAUAAUGGUCAGCCUAAACUUUAACACUAUACUCCAAAAUGACGACUAUUUUUUAAAAUGUAUUUUCCAGAUGUAUUUUUUUCUGCACAAUUCAAUACCUUAAGAGUUGAUUUUAGCCUGGUCCUGUAUUUAUUGAUUGAAACAGCUCUAAAUGGACAGGGCAUUUAGGUUGUUCUUUUUAAAGGAGGGUGGAGUUAAAAUCCUAGUCCAGGGAGGAGCCGUUACAACGAGUUAAAUGUGAGGCUCUGUGAGAGGGAAAGUAUCAGCACAACUCCCUUAGCGACUAUUGUAAUCACCUGCAUCAUGAGUUCUGAACUAAGUGGACAUACAGCAGAGAAGGUGGAAGACGGGACGACUGCUGCUGCAGCUCCAGGGAGAGGGGGACGGCAGUGCUCCUUCGAUGAUCGUCACAUUCACAGAGAAGAUUUGAGAAAGGUUUGGAAAGAAUGCCAAGAGGAAAGCUUCUGGUACAGAGCUCUUCCCUUCUCCCUGGGUAGCAUGGCAGUCACUGGGGGUCUCAUCUACAGAGGUAUUUGGAAGACAUCAAAGGUACUUGGUCCAUUUCCAAAACUAGCAGCUGCGGGGAUCUUUGGUUAUGCAGUGGGGAAAGCAUCAUAUGUUGGAACUUGCUGAAGCAAGUUCAAGGAGCUUGGCAUUCAGGAUGGGCCAGGAUUUGGUCCCUGGACUAUGGGAGAUCGUUCUGGUCCUGGACGCAGAGGCUGCCACCAUGUGUGUGAAGAAUGUAAGAAUAAAGAUCAAGCAUCACCUGAAAAGCAAGUUUAAAGGCAGAGCUUCGUUGGAAACACUGAAUGAUCAGCCACCAGCGUGGAUCUAUCAGUUUAACAGUGUCUAUUUCUUCGCUAUAAAUACUGCCUAUACUGUAA